AUGUCAUACAAACUGGAUUUGCGUAAGUCUGUCGCAAAUUGUUUUGGGCAGCUAAGUACAAACGAAAUUUUGCGUGUGUUUAAAAAUAAACCAAUCUCUCGCCGAACCAUCUAUCGUGUUUUAAAGGAUUGUCAGGAAGGUAAAGAACCGGAAAAUAAGAAAAUCCCUGGUCGUCCCUCCAAACUAACUGCCAGAACAACGAAAAGUCUGCUGUCAAGUGCUAAAAACAAGAUUGGCCAAUCAACACGGCGAUUAUCACGUAAAUUUGGUAUUUCAAAAUCAACUGUCCAUCGCAUUUUGAAGAAAAACAACAUUUGUUAUCAUAAAUGUAAGCAACCACCAAAAUAUACACCGAGACAACUCGAAAUAAUACCAAAAUGUUGCCGUGCACUUCGUGACAAACACUUUGCAAACGGAAAAUUCAUUAUUUUGGAUGAUGAAUCUUAUUUCACUUUUGCGCACAAUGAAUUGAAUGGAAAUUACACUGACAACAUUGAAGCAACACCAGACGAUGUUAAAGAUGCCGGCGAUGCAAAAUUCGAGCCAAAGGUAUUGGUGUGGUUGGCCAUCUCAUCGAAAGGUGUUUCAGCGCCGUUGAUUCGACCAAAUGGAGGUCAAGCGAUCAAUUCUGACACUUAUAUCAGUCAAUGCUUGCCAAAACUGAAGCAAUUCAUCGAAAACCAUCACGCCCGAGACGAAAUCAUGUUUUGGCCGAACCUUGCAAGCAGUCAUUAUGCGAAAAAAACAUUGAAUUGGCUCACUGAGCAAAAUAUACCAUUUGUACCGAAAGAGGACAACCCACCAAACAUUCCACAGGCACGUCCAAUCGAAGAUUUCUGGUCGGUUCUAAAAUGUAAAGUGUACGAGAAGGGCUGGGAAGCUCAAAACGAGCAACAGUUGAUGGGUCGAAUCGAGCGAAAAUUGACGGAAAUGGAUGUAUCAGUCUGCCAGAACAUGAUUUUGAAUGUUCGAAGUAUACUACGAAAAAUCGAAGACAAUGGACCUUUAAGUGUAAUUUGA